AAACAACGCUGUAAUAUGAACGACGCUGCGUUGUUUGCGCAUACGGAUCAUCUCGGAGGAUCAGAUGCUAAUGGGAUGGGUUUGGCUAACCAGUGCUUCCAGUUACCUGAUCUGGGCUGCGGGCCAUCCGCAGCAGGCCGCGCACUGGAUGCCUCGGGAUGGGAUGACUUCAAGAAGAUCCUGAAGGAAGCAGGAGACAAGCUGGUGGUGGUGGACUUCACUGCCACAUGGUGCGGCCCCUGCAAGCAGAUCGGCCCCAUAUUUGUAAAAAUGUCAGAAGACCCUGCGAACAAGGACAUAGUGUUCCUGAAGGUGGACGUGGAUGAAGCUGAGGAUGUGAGUUCAAGCUGCGGGAUUUCUUGCAUGCCCACAUUCCACUUUUACAAGAACGGAGAAAAGGUGGAUGAGUUCUCUGGCGCUAACGCGAAGCAACUGUCUGAGGCACUGGAGAAGAAUAGAUAGGCGCCUCUGACCAAUCCACAUGAGCCCUCGUUGUAUAAAAACCUCAGCAACUGCCUUUUCCCAGUUCCACAGUCUGCUCCAUAACAUCAGGUUUUCAUGUCCAGCCUGGCAAUAAUUUAUUCCACAUAAUGUCCCUUUGUGCUCGGUGCAUGUGUCCACUGUGCUAAAAGCAGACUCAACUUUAAUAAAACCAGUAAUAAGCAUUUCUAUUGUUUUUAUAAAAAGGACUAACUUUGCUCCUGACCAACCCCUGAACUUGAUUGUGAAUCUGUCAAACGUGUGGAUUUAAAUAAAUGAGAAUAAAUAAAUAAAUAAA